AUGUCUGUUCACGUCAAGCUACCCAAGUACGCACGUGGAAAUGAUCGCGACUACUACGGCUACGUCAAGGAAAGGUACAUGCAUAAGGAGACCAUUGCCAUCCCAGGAGGCUUUAAGAUUCCAGCCAUCCGUGACGCCCUUGUUGCUCGAGUUCACACAGCGAUCACCAAGUUUAUAGGUGACCUUGACCAAUUCGGCCUCCACAAUUGCGUUCUUUUGCGCAUUUCCGAGGACGACGAGGCAAUCCUGCGCCAAGAAGCGGAGCUUGCCGAUGACUGUCCUCUGGGUGCCGCCUUUCAGAAGAGGCCAUGGAAUGCAAAGGUCUACAGCCGUUGGGACCCCACCCUGACCACUGUCCGACGCGACGCGGCCAAGUCGAAGACUGUGGUGACUUUUAAGGACGAUGACGAAGCCAUCUUGGCCGAGGUCUGCAUUUCUGACGAUUAUGACGAGUCAGAUGAGUGCAAUGACUAUGAUGAGUCUGACGAAGCUGACGACUCCGAUGGCUAUGACGAGUGUGACGAGUCAGAUUACCAAGUCAAGCACCGUUUAUCAGACUACCUAUAUACAAACAAUCUAGCACAGACUACAGUUCUGUCGCCGCUUCCACUGAGUACAACCUCAAUUUCCUUGCUGUAUCAGCGUGUCAACCAAGUCCAUCCGCGUCAAAUUUCCAAUUACGCGCGUCACGACGAUCGCGAUUAUUAUGCCUACGCAAAGGACAAGUACCACUACAAGAAGACCAUCCCUAUUCCUGGAGGCUUCAAGGUUACAUAUUAUGGAUACGACUUGAUUAUCGGAAUUCCUUCUGAUUUCGUCCAGGUCCUGAAACGUGUGGGAGUCAAGAAAAAUUCUUCUGCUGCUUCCAACUCCGUGUCUAAAGCUCGAGUCCGUACCGCCAUCACCAAACUUAUGGGUGACCCUGAUGCCUACGGCGACCACAAUUGCGCCCGGAGGAAAUGGGAGCCGCACGUUUCUGACCUCCCUGGCCAAAGCAUCACUGGAUGCGAAAGAGGGGGAGGGAUUGACCGAGCGCGAAAUAUACGGCAACAUUUUUGUCAUCAACUUUGCCGGCCAAAUGACCCCUCCUCUCAUGUCUUCACCUUUGCUGUAUACUUCCUGUCAGCUAAUCCUUCGGUGCAAUAUUUGGUCGCAAAGGAGCUUCGCCAUGUACUGGGUGACCGACCUCCAGAGCAGUGGGACUAUAAUAAAGACUUUCCGCGGCUGAAGCGUUGUCUUGCUAUAUUGUACGAGAGUAUCCGUCUGUACACGCCAGUGCCAGUCACCAAGUGGACAGCAGGUAAGACGCAGACAUUGAAUGUUGGAGACAAGACCCUCGUCCUUCCUCCAAACACCAUGAUGUGUUUGACUUACAGCUCCCUGCAAACCGAUCCGAGGUGGUGGGGAUCCGACUCGCUUACUUGGCGGCCAUCUCGGUUCAUCAAACCGGCUGCAUCGCAAUCCGGCUCCGACGUUUCUCCUUUGAACUACCAGUCCCUUGAUGACGAAGAGUUCCUGAAGCCAAGGCGGGGCUCGUUUGUAGGCUGGUCCAAGGGAGCGCGAGAUUGUCCCGGAAGAAAGUUCUCUCACGUCGAGUUUGUGGCAACCAUUGCGUCCAUCUUCCGCGACUGGCGGGUAGAUCCAGUCACGUUUGAGGUGGAAACAAUCGAGGCGGCUCGUCGGCGCGUUCUUUACCUUAUCGAGACCGAAUCUGCAAUGGUCCUACUGGUCCAGAUGCUGCACCCCGAAAAGGCUCCUCUUGCGUGGUCGAAACGGUGA